AGGACUGCCUGACAUCAGCCACAUCACUGCAGAGAUCAGACUCGUACUUUGGGGCCACAUUCUCCUGGCAGUCCCAGCAGAUGUGUAUUGAAACAGGGAUGAAUGGGAACAGUCAAUCUCCGACUGCAAUCAGUGGAGCUCUGUCUACCCUGAAUGGCUUCAGCAAUGGUCCUGCCACCUCAACCAGCUCCUCUCUCACCAAUCAACAGCUGCCUCCUCCCUGUGGAGUCAGGCAACUCUGCAAACUGAAGCGAUUCUUGACCACACUACAGCAGUUCGCCAGUGAUCUAUCCCCAGAGAUUGGAGAGUAUGUGAGGAACUUAGUGUUGGGACUUGUGAAUUCCACCUGGACCAUUGAGGAAUUCCAUUCGAAGCUUCAGGAAGCAACAAACUUUCCUCUGAGACCCUUUGUCAUUCCAUUUCUAAAGGCCAAUCUGCCACUGUUACAACAGGAACUGAUCCACUGUGCUCGACGGACAAAGCAAACACCAGAUCAGUACUUGGCCCAACACGAAAAGUUACUCCUCAAAGCCAGUAGCUCCUCAUCCGUUGACACCUCGGAAAGCGUGCUGGAAGUAAAUGAAAACGGUAAACGAAAACCUUCUGCCAGGUGGGUGUGUCAUCGCCUGAUUGAGCUCUUAACUGCCCUCAGGCCUCCUGUACUUUUCACUCACAGUAAAAAUGUUCCUUCAAUUAUCCGCAACAGAGUGACCUCAUACGUUCAGUUAGUCUGCCCCCGCCUCUGCAAAUUUAUGUGUGACCUGGAAAACUUCAAAGGCAGGCUGCACUCUGGUUACCAACCUUCGCUAAUGUUGGUGUUUUAUGUCAUUGCAGCUCCAAGAGUACACAGAUCCCAACAAGAAGAAGUAAUUGAUCAUCGCUUGACAGACAGGGAGUGGGCAGAGGAAUGGAAGAACCUGGAUAAUCUCCUGAAUUGUAUCAUGGAUAUGGUGGAGAAGACCCGGCACUCUCUGAUGGUGCUGCGCCAUUGCCAGGAAGCUGAUCGGGUAGAACUUCAUCACUGGAUCUGUUGCUAUAGAAACACUGAUGAUAUGAGAACAGAAGUACAUGGACAGAUUCCACAGAGAUACAGUUAUACACAGGAAGAGAUUUGGAAAAAGGCUGAACAGGCAGUAAAUGAGAUAAAGCGACAGGCAAUGAUCGAGCUGAAGAAAGCCGUAUUGGAAGCAGAACACAUGGCCCAGGAGGUGAUCACUGCUGAGCGAGUGAAGACAGAGCGUGCUCUGACUGAGGCCAGCAAGCACCAAGAGACAUCCAGUCAGGGCUGUUGGAAUUGUGGUCGGAAGGCGAGUGAAACCUGCAGUGGCUGCAAUGUGGCACAGUACUGUGGCUCCUUCUGUCAGCACAAGGACUGGGAGAAGCAUCACUGCACCUGUGGGCCCAACGUACAGCGUUUGCAACCAACCAACACUGCCCACAGCCACAACACACUGACCGCCUCCCCAUCUCCCUCAGUAACCUCCGGGAGGGACAAUCCUGUGACCCCCUCCCCAUCUCCCUCAGUAACUUCUGGCAGGGACAAUCCUGUGACCCCCUCUCCAUCUCCCUCAGUAACCUCCGGGAGGGACAAUCCUGUGACGCCCUCCCCACCUCCCUCAGUAAUCUCCGGCAGGGACAAUCCUGUGACCCCCUCCCCACCUCCCUCAGUAACUUCUGGCAGGGACAAUCCUGUGACCCCCUCCCCAUCUCCCUCAGUAACCUCUGGCAGGGACAAUCCUGUGACCCCCUCCCCAUCCCGCACUGCCUCCCCCUGGACCAGCUCCAGUUGGCAGGUCCAGUAGCAGUGAAGCUGGAAACCCAAGGGACAUUGAACUAGUGCUGCCUUUUAUUCUGGGCUCCUCCCAGCCCAAUCCCUGUUGAAGCUGCUUCCCUGUAACUUGAAUGCAGCGACCUGAAUGAAAUUUAACUUCAGAGUGAACUCGUCACUUGUUGAUUCUCAGUGUUUCUGGAAUUCCAUUUGAUCCAAAUGAGACAAAAAAAAAUCAGUCUGCGUUUUUAAAUUCAAUUUUGCUUAUUUACCAAACAUUCUCUCUUUUGGAAUGUCAAGGAUUCUGAACUUUAGAGACACUUGUAAUCUCACUGCAAAAACAAAUUAACCUUCAGCAAGAUCCCACAAUUUUUAUUGAAUUCUAAUGUGGGAAGAAUUGUAUAUGCUUUAAGAAAUCACAAAUGCUGACUUGGUCACCCCUCUUUCUCAGAUACUCUCCCCUCAAACAUUGUAAAACAUGUUCCAAGGAAUUCACACUUCCAUGCUGAAAGCACAGUCAACCUAAACACGCACAGAGCUGGAUACUGGCUUUCAAAGAUAUUUACACUCACAUAUCCACCCCUUAUACCUGCUCAAAUUCACGUAAGGAAGGAGCACACCCCUGUGCUGGCCUGUGGGAAAAUACCAGAUAUGCCUCAGCUCCAAAGUAAACCCCAUAAAAAACUCCUAUCUCAUUCCUGUGUUGCAAUACUAAGGACAUUGGAGAAUGAGAAGCCAGCAGUUUGGAACUCAUUGAGCAAACAUGGAAACCAUCAGCCAUGCUGUUCCUGACCAGACAAGCAGAGCUCCACCCGGGACAGCACUAACAGAUGCGACUAGUUGGACUUGGGAAUAUCAGAUAUCUUCAACUUAGAGCAGAGCCAGUGAGAAUAUGUGUGUGAUGGAUUCGCACCCAGAGACUUCCGUGUCCUUAAGCACCUGCUGAGGAAAAGAUACCUUUAUGUUUGUUUUGUGGAGAAAGGAACAGAAAGAUGAAUGUGAUAAUUGUGAAAUUUUUUACAUCUUUUUGAGCAUGGACGAAAUUUUGACUUCCUGCAUUCUAAUUCUUUACCUCUCUUCAACCACUAGUCUGACUGUAUUCUGCCUGAAAAUUCCCUAGGAAAGAUUUUGAUAUCAAGCUACAUGUUGUUCUCAUGAUAUCUCAGUGUGAUUCUCUGUUGUUCAGGUAUUUUAUCAACCUUGUAAUUUUUUAUUCCCUGUUUGGACUGAACUCACUCCUCCCUUCACCAUGGUUACCCUGCCUGCUCCUAUCUUUGAACUGUGGAUAAUAGAUAAACUAAACAGAAGUAGGAGAACUUUCUGCAUCAGUUGGAUGUUUGCCUUCUAUACAUCAGAGAUUCUAAGAUCCUCGAACCUCAGAAAAACUGCGCCAUCACUUACAUUGACCAUCUUGCCCAUUCUGGUCUUUGUGUUAAACAAAAACAGAAAGUGCUGCUGAAACUCACCAGGUCUGGCUGCAAUUGUGAAGAAAGAAAACACAAUUAAUAUUUGAAUGCAGUGACUCUGGACUCUGACAAUAUUAGGUGAAAUUCUGAAAUGUAGAUUUGGGGCAGCUAUUUGGAAGCAAAUCUGCAUCUGGCAUAUGGGAAUCUUUUAAAGACUGUUGUGGUUCUUUUCGCCGAGUUGGGAAUUUGUGUUGCAGACAUUUCGUCCCCUGU